UCUGUGAAUAUAAUAGGAAACAACGCAUAUUACAGACAGAUUUGUGAAAAAACGCAACAAAAUACAAUGUCAUUCACAUUUUGAUUAUACCCGACGUUAUCAGUUUAUGUACGUAUACACACUCGAUGCGGGGAGAAAGUUUUUGGACAUGUUUUCCUGAAAGUGUGUUAUUAAUUCACUGUUACAGUGUGCAACAUCCUAGACACUAUCAUCUGAUUUCGGAUUAAACGAUAAACAUUGCGACACCAAAUCCCGUGUUUGCAUGGUUUCGAUGCAAGUUGUUUACUCUUUGGUCUGAAGAAAAGUAGUCGAAGUAUGUCAACUGCUGCGCACGAUCCCGUCAUGCAGUCGACUUUGGCCCAGAGCAAAUUGGCUCCGCAGAACUUGCUGUCAGAUACAUAAAGCGAUAUUGAAACGGGUCCUGCACAUGAAUGAGGGACAAAGGGGGAUCUAGGGCCACUGUGACCCCUAACAGCAGCAAACUUCUUCAGAUCUGACUUUGGGUAGGAGGGUUGUGUGGUCUCCACCCUUUACCCUUUCCUGUAGGACUUAUGUUUCCUCCCGAAUCCUUCUGUUCUCGCUAUUAAACAAAACGGGCCACAACGGUCCCAGACCGAGGCAGUGUAGGCAGGCACACUUGGUCUCGUCCCUGUUUUACACUUAAGUGACUGGGGAAAUAUAAAGGACCCAGACUUUUUUUUCACAGUUGUUUUUUAGCUUGAUUAUUAGUAUGAGUCUUCCUCCCCAGCAGAAAGUGAUCCCUUAUAAGAGUGGGGGCAAACAUCGGGCUGUAGCUGCCAUGAAGGAGCCCACAGUGCAGCACGUCGCAGCCUCGGAUGUCUUCUAUGGAGGUAUGGGCCCCCCGGCUCUGGAGUCUGCUCACGAGGUCGGGGAGCCUGGAGGCCACGGCUCUGGGGUCUUCAACCCAGAGAAGGGACCCCAAAAUCGGGCACACUACCAGCAGACUGCCCCUGUUCAAUGGAUGCACAAGGACCCCAUCCAGGCCCCUGGCUGGUCUCAGGAAGCUCCCGGGCCCAUGCCAACCAAUCCAUGGGGGCAGAACUUUGGCCCGUAUAUGGGCGGCUUGAACAACGUUAGGGGCCAGAUGGCCUUCCCCAAGGGGAGCCACGAUGGAGGAGCUGCUUUGCAGAUGGGGCCAGCAGAGAAGCAGGCUGCAGGAUCCAUGGCCCAGGAUAGGGGCUUAGAGUGGGAGCAGCAUGGUGCGACGGCCGCCAUACGCCAAGCCCAGCUCCAGGCCCUCCAGCACGGCCAUAAGGGUGUAGACCUCCAGGCUCAGAACCCCCAUGCCCCCCCCUCUCACCCCUCCAUGCCACCAGGGUCCUUGUUGCAGCCCUUCCAGCUGGCAUUUGGACCCACCAAGCAGCACCUUCCAUCUCGGUACUACCAGGUGUUCCAAGGGGGCACCAAAGCCAUGCCAAACAUGAACUACAACGAGCAGUCCAAAGCCCAGCAACAACACCAACUGAUGCAGCUUCAGAUGCAACAGCAGCACCAAAUGCAUCAACAACAGCAACAGUUGCAUCAGCAGCAGCAUCAUCAACAACAGCAGCACCAGUUGCAGCAACAGCGCCAGCAUCAAAUGCAACAGCAUCAGCUCCAACUGCAGCAGCAAAUGCAACAGCAGUUUCACAAGAAGCAACUACAACAGGAGCAACGGCAACAAAUGCAGCAACAGCAGCAACCUCACAGUUUACCACUGCAGGAAAUACUGCAGCCACAGUCUCAGCAAAAGCAGCAGACAAACCAACACUUCCUUAGCUACAACCAGCCCCCUGACAACUGUCCAUCUAGCGCUAACCCCCCACACUCUCAGAAGGACAACCCUCCGUCUGUGGAAACUCAUGGACAGGGACAGACACCGGAAGUAGAGACCCCAUCCACUGAUCCAUCAAGCACACCCUGCGACCCCUGCCCUCCAAAGGUCACACUGGACCCCAUAUCACCCUCCUCCGACGCACCUUUAGCUGCCCCCCGCCGCUCCCGCCGCCUCUCCAGAGACGGGCUAUCCCCCCUGGGUGGCCCUCCCUCACUAACCUCCUGGAACCAGACCUCCAGGGAGGUACCCCAGAAUGGCGUGGUGGCCGGAGGAGAGGAAGGGAGGAUGGGGGAGGGCCAGGGUGCCACCGGGGGGGUCAUCCAGAGUACCCGUCGUCGUCGGAGGGCGUCGAAAGAGAUCAAUCUGGAGACUCUGGCCCAGAAGGCUUCCGAGAUGGAGUUGAUGCCUGCGGCCAAGUUUGCCAAGACAUCCAAGCAGCAGCAGGAGGGUCCUACAGGCAGACAGGCUGGCAUGGUGCCCUUCGUUAUGCCCGUAUCAGUGCCAGUGCGUCAGGGUCAGACAGCCCCUCCGGGCACCUGGCUUUACGGGCGCCCCCUGGGCCAGCACGCCCUGCUCCUGCCCCAGCCCGAGCACAAGCCCUCUGUCAUCGUGGCCCGGCGCCGCUCCCUGAGGAACUCUCUGUCGGAAAGCUUCAGCCAGGACGAGGAGAGCAACACGGGGCAGGACGACGAUGGGAAAUUGGCCAAGCACAAACGGCGUCCUCGUCCCGAGCCCCUCUUCAUCCCUCCGCCCAAACUGGCCACGUUCAUCGUUCCCUCUGUCUACUCUGCCAUCACUCCCUACCAGAGCCACCUGCGCUCACCCAUCCGCUUGCCUGACCACCCCUUCACCAUGCCGCCCUACACCCCGCCGCCCAUCCUGUCACCGGUGCGCGAGGGCUCAGGGCUCUACUUCGCCACCUUCCUGUCCUCCAUCACCACCAGCAACCAGACCCUGCAACCGCCGCCCAUUACACCCAAGUCGGUCUCGCGCAGCCUGUUGCGUUCCACCAGCUCUACAGAUAUCACGCCCCCGGUCCUCCCUUUGAUCAACGACACCACACCUGUCAGCUUUGACCCGCGUAUUAACAUUGGUCUGCAGUACCAGGCGGAGGUGCCAGAGCUGCAGCGGGACCGCUCGCUGACCCAGUGGGACCAGCACAAGGCUGACCUGGUCUGGCUCCCCAUGAAGGAAUCCCAGCUACACCACGCAGUGCAGGAGACUGUGGAUGACCUGAUGAACUUGGCCUGCUCUUGCGCUCUGUACGGCGGAGGCACCAAUCAAGAGUUGGCCCUUCACUGUCUGCAUGAGUGCGGGGGCAAUGUCCUUGAGGCCCUGGCAUUCCUGCUGCUCAAGGAGCCCAUUUUCUCUAAAGGACACCACCUGGCAGACUAUCACUACUCAGGAUCAGACAGUUGGACUCCCUCAGAGAAGCGCUACUUCAAUAAAGGCAUCUCUGCCUACAGGAAGGACUUCUUCAUGGUGCAGAAAUUGGUUCGGACUAAGACAGUGGCACAGUGUGUGGAGUUCUACUACACUUAUAAGAAACAGGUGAAAAUCGGUCGCAGUGGAACCAUUACCUACGGACCUCCAGAGUCACCAGCGGAGAAACACACAGAGGCAGUAUUGGAUGUCAAAGAAGAAGAAGACAACAGGAAGUGGGAAGGGUCAUGUGAACGGGGUAAAGAUGGCAGCCAGUUGAGGGUUAACCAGACACUACAGGCUCACGACAAUGCAGGAGCAGUGCUAGGGCACAAGGACCAGGAUACUGUACACAAGGUGGGGCCUCCCCAUCCAACCCCUCCCUCUGCACUCCGAAAACCUCGUCCCGAGUCUGCAGGGAAGAAGAGCAGAGCGCCCCCAAAGCCCCCGGGCGACCCAGAGGGCGUGUUCCCCUGCAAGAAAUGUAGCAGGGUGUUCUACAAGGUUAAGAGCCGCAGCGCCCACAUGAAGAGCCAUGCUGAGCGGGAGAAGAAGGACGCCGCGCUCAAACUCAAAGAGGAGGAGGAGGAGCGGGCGACCCUGGCGGCGGCGGCAGCCGAGGCACGGGCCAAGGAGGCAGCAGAGGUUAUGCAGAAUGGGAACGGGUGUGGGAAUGGAGAGGGAGAACAGGAUGAGGUCAGUGAUGAGGGUGUGCCUUCAGAGGCAGAAGAUGAACAAGACGAGGACUGGCACUGAGAGAGGGAGUAAGGGGAGAAAAGAGUGGGGGGGGGGGAUCCCACUCCUUUAAAAACAAAUUUCAAAGAAUGUUGACCUAAAACCAUGAGAUUGAGUAUGGUGGCGUUCCAGGUCAUCUUUAUUGCAGUCGCGCUGCACAGAUUAUCAGAUUUCACAACACCUGGGGAGCUGUUAAACAUCUAGGAACCACAUCUUCAUAUGAUAUAGCAAUAUUCUGAGAUGCCCAACGUGACUGCAAAAAACUAAUACCUGGAACGUCCACUUUGUCUCACAUCACAGUGCCACAACUUCAGUCUUCCUUUUAAUCGAUUUUCGCACUCCACAUCUUUACUUUUCACAAGGAAAUAUAUUUUUGUAAAUGCACUUAUACAUUGUAUUCUAUUGCUUUUGCCAAUGUCGCUUCUUUUAUAUCACUUUUUUAAUUUAAUAUCUAUAUUGGAAUAUCAAUAUGGCUUUUUCUUUGUGUGGACUAUUUAGGCUUUUGGUUGUUCUUAAUAGUUUGUACUGCAGUGGAUGUUGAAACAAACUAGAUAUACUCAGUGGAUACCUGUUUUGCCUUACUAAAUCAUGAUCAAAGAGACUUUUCACUUUUAUAAUAUUGGUCUGUUUUCUAAAAUUAGAGAUGAUGUAGAUAUGACCUUGUAUGAAUUCUGCUUUGCUUUUAAGGUAACAUAUUGUGGAGAAAUGUUUAAGAAUUGUCAUCAAACGCUAAGGUUGAAUUGCACAUUUAUACUACAAAGUAAGGGACCUUUCAAAUGUAAUGUACGGAAGUCCAGAGAGGUGAUAUUAAUACAAAAAGAAUUCCCUCAUUAUGUCGAUCACAACUGAUUUAUCUAUCUCAUGAUCACGAUCACAAGAUCAUUUUCUCAUGAUCACGACAUAACAAAAGUUGUUUGGUUGAGAUCACGAGAUAAACUCCAUAAAUAGGAGUGGACGGAUUGAUGAUGAUAGAUUGCCAGUAUGGCUGAGGCUGCAGAGCCCAUAGUGGAUUCAGCACAUAUAUUUGUAUUGAUUGCUACACUAAGGGAUGGUACAAUUCAUGCUAACAUCAUGCAUUAGUUUGUGUUUGGAGCUCAUUAUCAGUUUAUAAGUUAGAAUGUUAGCAAGCUAAAUGUCCCUUACCUUGAGCUAAGAGCUCUUUUGGCAUCUUAGCCCUACUGCGGCAUUUAAACCCAGAACGAUGCCUGACAGGCAGUUAUGUCUCCCAGGCUGUGUGCCACCCACAAGACCACAGCCAGUGCAUGCAUGCAAGCAACAACGCAGUUAACUUGGCUAGUCUUGUGAGUGAGCUAGCUAGGUAGUCUUGUUAGCUAGCUAGCUAGCUUGUUAUCUAUGUUAGCUUUCAUAACUGAUAUGCGUAUAAUUAUAAGGGACACUUCAUGUUUUAUGGAUAAUAUUUACAUUUACAGAGUGGGUGAGCUCCAUUCCUGACAGGCUGAUCAGAUUCAAUUUCAGCCCCAGAGCUUGAUCAGAUUCAAUAGCAGCCUCAGACUACCUAGCUAACUAGCUAGCUUACAAGACUAGCCAAGUUAGCUGCGUUGUUCCUUGCAUGCGAUUGGUUGUUGUCUUGGAGGCGACACGUAGCCUGGGAGACAGUGCUGCCUGUCAGGCAUCUUUCAGGGCUUAAAUGCCCCGUAUUGCAAUCAACGCAGCCACAGGGCUCCUUGAUUAAGUGGUUAUCGUGCAUCUGAACAAAUGAAUGGAUGAUGCGUGGUACUUUUGAUUAUCUCGUGAUCUCGACAAAACAACUUUUGUUACGUUGUGAUCAUGAAACGAAUAAGUUGUGAUUCUCGACAUAAUGAGGGAACAAUUUUUAUUUUAUUUGUUAAGUUCUCUCUGGACUUCCAGAGUAAUCUGUGUCUUGUGUAUAAAAAUGUUUAUAAAAAGUUAUAUAUUGAAAAUACUGCAUUGCAAAUAAUGUUGCCAACAUUUAACUAAUCAAUCAUGUCAACUGCCGUUGAAUUGAAAAAGUUGAUUAAAAAUCUUUAUCUAUUCAGAAA